AUGCAUACAGCAGUUAUAUCAAAUACAGCUGGAAGAAAUAUUGAUCAAUGGGCUCGACCAUUACGUGCAAAUGAUUUUGAAUUAUUAUGUAAAAAUGGAACACGUAAAACAAUUGAAGCUUAUAAAAGUUGUCAUUUACUUCGAGUUCCAGCUAGAAAUAUGCUUAAUUUUGCUCAACAAUUAUUUGGAUCUGAUACAAAUAAAGAAUUUGCAAUGUUUGAUUCAUUUUAUGAACAUCCAGAUUUAAUGUUUCUUAAUGAUGCAACAGUGCAAUUAACAUGUAUAACAACAAGUCUUGAUGAUUAUCUUAGUCCAGAUAUAAUACAAUUAUUACAUCGUACUGAUCCACAAAUGUAAGUGUUAUAUUGUCCAAUUGGAAACAAUUAUUAG